AGCUGAGAGACCGUUUCGCGGCCGCAGCUCGCAGACGAGUGGGUGUCAGAGGCUGGCAGUCACCGGGGCUCUGGCAGAAUUGUAAGGCUGUCUGCAGAGAUUUGAAAAAUGGCAACAAAUGAAAGUACCAGCAUGUUCAGUUCAGCAUCCUUGGCUGUGGAGUAUGUAGACUCAUUUUUACCUGAGAAUCCUCUGCAAGAACCAUUUAGAAAUGCUUGGAACUAUAUGUUGAAUAAUUACACAAAGUUCCAGAUUGCAACAUGGGGAUCCUUGAUAGUUCAUGAGACCCUUUAUUUCUUGCUCUGUUUACCCGGAUUUUUGUUUCAAUUUGUACCUUACAUGAAUAAAUACAAAAUUCAAAAGGAUAUACCGGAAACAUGGGAAAACCAAUGGAAAUGUUUUAAAGUACUUCUCUUUAAUCACUUUUGCAUCCAGUUUCCUUUGAUUUGUGGAAUUUACUAUUUUACAGAGUAUUUCAGUAUUCCUUAUGAUUGGGAAAGAAUGCCAAGAUGGUAUACGCUCUUGGCCAGAUGCUUUGGCUGUGCAGUGAUCGAGGAUUCCUGGCACUAUUUCUUGCAUAGGCUCUUACACCACAAAAGAAUAUAUAAAUAUAUCCAUAAAGUUCAUCAUGAGUUUCAGGCUCCAUUUGGAAUGGAAGCUGAAUACUCACAUCCCCUGGAAACCCUAAUUCUUGGAACUGGAUUUUUCAUUGGAAUUGUGGUGUUAUGCAAUCAUGUAAUUCUUCUUUGGGCAUGGGUGACCGUUCGUUUGAUAGAAACUAUUGAUGUCCAUAGUGGUUAUGAUAUUCCUCUCAACCCUUUGAAUCUCAUCCCUUUCUACGCCGGCUCCCGGCAUCAUGAUUUCCACCACAUGAACUUCAUCGGAAACUAUGCUUCAACAUUUACAUGGUGGGAUAGAAUUUUUGGAACAGACUCUCAAUUUAUUGCCUAUAAUGAAAAAAUGAAGAAGAUCGAGAAAAAGACUGAAUAAAUAUCUCAUAUAAACAUUCCUGAAGAUAACACAAUUUCCUGAAUUGAAGCUAGUAGCUAACAUUGCUUCUGCAGAGCAGAAAUAAAUAUGUGUCUUGGCUGCUAAGUGAUUAAAAAGAACAUUAACAACCUUUAAUUAUCUUCCUAGUAGGAACUUUUUCUACUUUAUGUACAAGUUCUCUACAUGUAGAAAUAAGUAAAUAUAUACUUAAAUACAAAUUUCAUGAGGAAGUUUUAAAAAGGCCAUGUCUCUAACCUCUACAAAAAGGUUUUAAAUAAUGGCGGAAGUAUUAAUCUGUCUUUCCUCAGUAAUACCAUAGGCCUGCGGUUGAGUGAAAUUGGUCUUUAAGUCUCUUAGAUAUAUAGUGACUAUUUCAAAAAUUCUUAGGUUGUUGGCCUCAGAUUGAAGUUUAGAUGUGCUUUAGAAUUUGCCUAAAAAUGAAAAAUAUCACCAGUUGAGCCCCAUCAGCUAAUAAAUGCAGUGUGAUGGGAGCAGCCAAACAAGGAAUAGCAUCACCAAGAGCAUCUGCUGUCUCUUGAGCGCUCAAAUCGGGGGUGGUUCUCUUCUUGGGGAAGUCCUUUCCGACUGCAAGGUACUACUGGCAUUUAUAAUUAGGCAUUUCUGAAUUUAAGUGGCAUAUUUUAGUCUAAAGGUUUUGAGGUUCGUUGAAUUUUUUUUAAAAAUUGAGGGUUUUUUCUGCUAUUUACCCAUCCCUUUUUGUAAAUCAAGUUUUCAUUAUACUUAAAGCUGUAUCUUGAAACUUUGUGAACUGACUUGCUGUAUUUGCACUUUGAGCUAUUGAAAUAAAUGUGAUUUCUUGUGA